UUUGAUUGAGCAGACAGAUGAUUCUGCGACUCCUGUUGGUUAUACAGAGAGUCGCAGCCUUUCCUUCAGCUCCAACAACAGACUUUUUGUUGUCUGCUGCCACAAACCAGCAUUGUGUGUUUUUUUUAAUUUAAAAAACAGAAGCCUGGAUACAGACGCUUCGCACUGCAGGAUGUCGAAAUUAAAGCUGAUAUCUGUAACUGACACACAGUUUCCUGUGUCAGUGCUAGAAGCCAUCAGUGAACAGCGAAACAACGGAUUAUUCUGUGAUGUGACCAUAAUUGUACAGGACCGCAAGUUCAGGGCUCACAAGACAAUGCUGUCGGCAUCUAGCACUUACUUUCGGCAGCUUUUUUCAGUCGCAGGACAUGUGAUUGAGCUAAAUUUUAUCAAGGCAGACAUAUUCGAAGAAGUCCUGAAUUACAUAUACACCUCAAAAAUCCACCGAAUUCGCUCCGACAAGCUUGAAGAUCUUAUCAACGCAGGCCAGAUCUUAGGAGUCAAGUUCAUUGCCAAUCUCGCGACCCCACUUUCGCAAGUCAAGGGACUACCUGGCUUGUCAAAAGAAGGAGACACCAGCAAUGUUAAUGCCGCUGAGAAAAAUGAAACCGGAGUGUUGAUUAUGCCGAUCAUCACAGAAUCCUUCUCUUUAUCUGCCGAGGAAUUCAAAAUGGUAAGUGGCAGUGUUGACAGAGAUGAUCAAGACAACGAUGUUCUUUUUGUCUCGGAGCUGGAAGCGCCGAAAGCUCAGAAGACAAAGCAAUCUCAGGUUAUAGAUUUGGACGAGGAGGAAGGGCCAGAGCCUAAAAGGCAAAAAGGCACAAAUGAGGAAGAACUGAAUCCUGAAAGGGAAAAAGAUCAACAUGAAGAGAGCAAGCUACCUUCAGAAGGUGAAGUGCCAAAGAAAUUCCAAGACAAACCACAAGCCCAAUCAAUCCCUGCAGCUGUUACUAUGUCCCCAAAAACCGUUGAUACUGUUAUGGUUUCCGAUGCAAGAUCCUCCACACAGAGUGCACCCGCUACCCCAGCUCAUGUGAACAGUCAUACCCCUGCCUCUCUAAAUACCACUCUGCCUAUGGAACCCAAUGAUGUGCUUGGAGUUCAGAAGAAGACGGUUUUGUUGGAGCAGUCACCAGAUCGGCCAGGCAAAAUCAGACUGUCAGAUGUGAGGCCAACCUUCAGCACUAAUAAUGGAACUGGGCUAGAUGCUGCUUUGACUAAGAAGACAAUUACAUUAGACAAAGCCUCAGAAAUCGAUUCGCUGUCAUCAGGAUGUAAGGUUUAUGCCAACAUAGGGGAGAACACCUAUGACAUUGUUCCUGUGAAAGAGUACUCGGGUGAAGGAGAAGCUCGCCCUGCCCCUGGACGAAAAUCACAGACCUCAAUGCACGGUGCAAGCAAUCUGACCACCGGCUCGCCUCGAGGUAAGAAAAAAGGUAAAUCGGAGCAAGAGGAUCAUUAUGAACUUAUUAUGGACGGAAAGACCUUUUAUGUGUGCAUUGUGUGCAAGCGUCCCUAUGUGUGCCUGACAAGCCUUAGGCGGCACUUUAACACACACUCCUGGGAGAGGAAGUACCCGUGUCAUUACUGUGACAAAGUAUUUGCUUUGGCUGAAUACAGAACCAAACACGAGAUCACUCACACAGGUGAGAGAAGGUAUCAGUGUUUACUGUGUAGUGAAACGUUCCUCAACUACCAAUUGUUGUCAUCACAUUGCAAGCAAAUGCACAAUCAAGACCCUUCAGGCAGGAAGGAGAAGGAUGACACGGACAAUAACUUGUACCGCUUACUUCCAUGUAAAACGCUGCAGUUCAAGCCGUACUCUUUCGUCUCGGGCGAGACCGGGGGGAUUCCGCUCAUUAAUGGAGAUGGGAUUGUGCAGCACGUUAGCCCUGGCAGGCCACAAUUCACAAACCAGGAACUCCCUUCCAGUCAGAGCAAAAUGUUGACCUGGAAUGACAUCUUUGUCGAGCCUGAUGCACACAAUCGACCAGGGGCUCAUUCACGACCCGAAGUCCCUCCUCGACCCGCAAACCAAAUGAACGCAGAGAACACGACAGAGUUUGAAUUUGUCAUACCAGAAACAUACUGAGCUGGCAUGUUCACAAUUCUGAGUACUAUGGUGCCUUUUAAUGUUCCAGGUUUAAAGAAAUAUCUUCUUGAAUUCAGUCAACUGGAUAAGUAAGUAAGUUAAUUGAACACAAAAUAGUCGUGUGAAAAAAAUAAAUACAUCCCAUGGAAAGUGUUGCUUUUUUUUUUUUUUUUUUACAUAUUUGAACAAGCAAACAUUUGAACAUUUGAAACAGUGCCUAUUAAUAAAGAUUAUAUACUUGAACAAAACCACAAGGAAAAUUAUACUUUUAAAAUAUUUAUUCAACAGAAAUAUCAAUAGAUGUGAUAUUCUUCUGUGGAAAAGUAAGUACACCCUUGGCCUUAGAAGCUAGUAUAGCCCCCUUUAUCAGAAAUAACUUGUAGGCAUUUUGCAAAAUUGCCCACCAGGCUUGCUGCAACUGAUAUUCUAUCAGUUGCAAGAUGUUUGAGGGUUUUCUUGCAUGUACUGCCUGUUUCAAAUCCCCCCACAACAUUUCAAUGGGAUUCAAAUCCAGGCUUUGACUAGUCCAUUCCAUAACCCUCCAUUUCUUCUUUUUGAGCCAUUCCUUGGUGGAUUUGCAAGUGUGCUUAGGAACAUUAUCCUGUUGAAAGGUCCAUUUUUUUGUUCAACUGUUGUACAGAUGGCCUCACAUUAUCUUCAAGCAUUCUUUGAUAUGAUGCAGAAUUCAUAGCUGAAUCAAUGAAUGCAAGUUGUCCAGUCCCUGUGGCAAUGAAGCAACCCCAAACCUUAACAUUUCCACCACUGUGCUUCACAGUUGGUAUGAGGUGCUGCUACCCAAAAGCUGUCUUUGGUCUGAGCCAAACAUGUCUGCUGUUACUGUCAUCAAACAACUCCUAUCUUUGAUUCAUCUGUCCAGAGAACAUGAUUCCAAAAGGCCUGGUCUUUGCCUACAUGCUCAUUGGCAAACUGUAGUCUUCCAAAGGCUUUUUCCAGGCACGCCUCCCAUGCAAGUCAGAUUUGUGCAAUCUCUUGUAGAAGCUUGCACUUUGACACCAACAGUUACUACCAAGACUUACUAGCAGUUACUACCAAGACUUACUGGCCAUUUGGCACUCAUUUGAAAUCUGCGCCAUUUGUAGAUUAUUUUCCUUACAGUAGAAUGAUGUAUUUCAAAUAAUUUGGAGAUCUUUUGAAAUCCCUUGCCAGACUCCUAAGCAUCCACAACCUUUUUUUCUGAAGGCCUUACAGAACUUUUUAGAUCUUUGAAUGAUGACACCACACACCUCAAUAACAAAGGGAACAUCAGACACUAGAUAUGAGACCAGUUUAAAUAAGACAGAUUACACCUGCACUUCCUAAGCAGGGUCUAAUCACUGGUACCCAAUCAUGAAAACCUGAUUAGAAUUUUAUGGAUUUGAAAGUGUGAUAAAUGUAGGGGUGUACUUACUUUUGCAGUGUGACUGAUGUUUUUUUUUGUUAAAUUGUGAAAAUUACUACAAAAUGUCAACUUUGUGUCAUUUGAUAGUGUAUCAACUUUAUUAAUUCUGUUUCAAAGAGUGUCAAAUGUUUAAUUGUCCAGGUAUAUCAAAAAGCCAACAAUUUCCAUGGGGGUGUACUUAUUUUUUUCACAUGACUGUAUGUUUACCAUUCAAGAUGGGGUUCAGGGGCUUUGUCAGAAUCAUGUGUUUGAAAUUGUUCUGUAGCUGUUACGUUUGUCUAAUGCUUUAAAUUUUGGCAGUACUUCUCAUACAACAAAUUUCUUUGAACUUUUACUUUAAAAGUACAGUGUGGGCUUGAUCAAAACAAAACAAACAAUAGUGACAGUGGUAAUUGAGGGAUGCUAUUUUCUUCCCUACAUUAGACUGGAUAUUCAUUUAUUGUAUGAAUAUUAUUUAAACCAUGCAAAUUAGGGCUGCAAUUAACGACUAUUAUGAUCGAAUAAUCUGUUGAUUAUUUCUUCGAUUAAUCGAUUGGGUGGAUUAAAAGACUGAUUUUUAUUUUCUGUAUUGUUUCCGGGGAAAAAAAACGUUAUUUCACAUUCUGCCCAAUGUUGUCCUUCAUUUGCACCACAUUGUGCAAAAGAUAUUAAAUGUAUCUAUGUGGGCUAUGCUAUACCUUGUGCAAAGGAUUUUAAAAAAUAUUAACAUUAUAUUUUUAAAACAAAAAAAACAACUGAUUGUCUACAAGCUUUAAAGCAGAAGUUAAAUCACCAUAUUAAAAAUGCUAAAGAAAGAAAAGAAAAACAAAAGCGCAAACUAAAUAAGAAGUUGAAUGAUCUGCAGUAACACAGACAUUCACUCAUCUGAACACAGUAACAUGUUACUUUAUUUUGUAAAUGUAUGACACUUCUUACAUUUAUAUACAAUUACAUGUUAUAACUUCAUUAGUUACUGCUCUCAUAAAAAACACAAUUACUUUUUCUAAAUAUAGCAUCAAACAACAUAUUUGAUCAAAAUGAACAUUUUAGUCAGCGUUAUUGCGCUUCCUUUCUAUUGCACGCUGUUUGACACACAUGCGUGGAUUUGCGCUCAUUCAUUGACGUUUAACGGAGACUCACUCGCUGUCAGGAUGAGACUUUUAUGUAAAAUGGAAAUACUGGCUUGAAUUUCUAACAUUUACAGAUAAGGAUAUAAAGGUAAAAAUUGAAUUUCUGCGCUGAAGAAAACAUGUCUGGAACACAUUAAACAGUACACGCGUCUGUCGCAGCAUCUAACACGACAAGCCACGUUAAUACACUCACGAGGUUGUUUGAAGCGCUUAAUAUAACAAACAUUAUCAUGUUUAAGACAACCUGGAUCGUGCACUUUUCCCACAGCAGCUCACGCUGUGACCUCCGCUGUUUUUCAGAUGUCUUUUAUUCAUAGAAAUGCGUUUUUCACCGUCGUGAAGUGACGUCACUGACAGGGGAUAUCCACAGUGAUGUCACAGACCCAAUUAAUCCAUAAUGAAAUUCAUUGUCGAUUAUUUUAAUUAUCGAUUUUAUCGAUUAGUUGUUGCAGCCCUAAUGCGAAUAAGCCAUUUAUUGCAGUAAGUCAGAACUAAAUGACAUCAAGAAAACAAAGCAUUUCAUAGUGCUGUGAAAGUAUUGAAUUGCUGGAAAAAAAUUAUGAAUGGUAUCAGUGGGGAAAUGGUAUGAGUUAGGGUAAUGAGUACAGAUGUUCUUUUUAGUUCAGUUUCAAUUUUGGCAUAGUUUGCAUUGUGAGAUUCAUUUUACACAAUCAUGUUCAACACUUUUACAGUAUUACUAGCUUGGAGGAACUUUGAUAAUGUUUAGAUUGAGUAACUUAAUGAUGAGUCUGAGAGCACACCAUUUAUAAAGUUUGCAAAUGACCAUGUAUUAUAACGCCAACACAGAAAACGUGGACAAAUGUGCAGAAGAUUAAUUAUUACAGUUUAGUGCUGGAGACAUUGACACAUUCUAUGAACAAAAUUGUUUGUGUUUUGGGUCUUUCAUUAUGAUCAUUCAAUAAUUUAUAAAACAAUAAUACACUUGUUCCAUUACAGAGACCAUUCAUUUUAUACGAUAAUCUUGGUUUUCUUGUCUAGCAUAAAGAAACAUUUUUGUAUUUAUGAUUUGAUUGCAGAGGAGGAUAGAAGACAUUGGUGAAUGUUAGUAAUAUGUCCAUUAUUUAGCAGAUGGCACUUGUAAAAUUGUACAUUUUUAUUUAUAUGCUGGCCAUAUACGGCUGUGGUCAUUUCCAUCAAAAGUGUAACGAAUGAAAAUGAAUUAUUGUGAAUUAAUGAAGUAAAGUGGAUGAGCCUCUACUCAGCAGAUCAUUAUCCAAGUGUAACAGGAGGAGUAAUUUGUUGUUGUUUUUUUUUCCAUGUGUUUUUCUAUAUUUCCUUCUUACAUAUACAUGUAUGUAUUCCAUUGUAUUCUAGUUAGUAGGUAAUGGUUUGGAUUGCUAGGAUGAUCAUGUGACUAAAUAUUGCCACAUUCAUAAAGUGAGUGCUCUAACAUUUGUUAAUCUUGCAUAUUAACAAAUUUUUGUUCUACUAAAGACCAAUUUAAUUGUUUCUAUUUUGUUCAACUAUAUUUAUUAGGUGCUGUACAAUGUGAAAUAAAACUUUAGAGUACUUA